CGCCUCCGCGAGACUGUAACCUGUGUGAAGAGUUCCAUUGAGAACUAUCAAUGCGCGUGAUCUUCUUCGUAAGCUAUUUCACAUUUCUUUAAUUCUAUCUCCUUCAAUUCAUGCUCAUUCAACAAUGGCCUACAUUUCUGCAUCAAAGACUUCUAAUUUGAAGCUCAGAUUCAAUACCAAGGAUUCAAUUCCAUCUUCUCUUCAGUCCAUCAAACUUUUCUCUUCACCUGCUUCCUCAGACACUUCAGUUGAGAGCCCUGUUCAUCCAGUCUCGCAACUUCCAGAUGCAGAAUCACCUGUUUCUCCCUUGCCGGAGGAGGAUACGGCGAUUCGGACGAUCCGAGGAGGUAAGCAACGAAACCCAGAAAAAAUAGAGGAUCUUAUUUGUAGGAUGAUGAAUAGUAGGCCAUGGACUACUCGUUUGCAGAAAUCCAUUAGAAAUUUAGUGCCUGAAUUUGAUCAUUCUCUGGUUAAUAAUGUUUUACAUUCCACUCGAAAUGCGGACCAUGGACUCCAGUUCUUCCGUUGGUCUGAACAGGCUGGUUUGAUCCGACAUGAUAAAGAAAACCACCGUAAAGUUAUGGAAAUUCUUGGGCGAGCAAGGAAGCUUGAUCAUGCUCAGAGUAUUUUGUUUGAUAUGCCGAAUAAGGGUUUGGAGUGGGAUGAGGAUAUGUUUGGAAUGUUGAUUGAGAGUUACGGAAAUGUUGGGAAUGUGAAGGAGAGUGUAAAUCUUUUCCUUAAAAUGGAAGAAUUAGGAGUUGAGAGGACGAUUAAGUCGUAUAACGUUUUGCUCAAGGUGUUUAUGAGACAAUGGAAACACACUAUGCGUAAUAGGUACUUUGAAAAGAUGGUUAGUGAAGGGAUAGUUCCAAAUCUUGAUACCUACAAUCUGAUGAUUCGGGGUUCUUUUCUUUCACUUAAGGAAGACACGGCUAAUAAAUUUUAUGAAGAAAUGAAAACCAAGGGAAUGUCUCCUAAUGUGGUUACAUACAACACCAUGAUCAACGGUCGCUAUCAGUUUAAGAAGAUGGACGAGGCAGAGAAGAUCUUUGUGGAAAUGAAGGGAAGAAAUAUUGCUCCUAACGUGAUAACCUAUACGUCUAUGAUUAAAGGGUAUGUUUCAGUUGGGCAAAUUGACGACGCUUUAAAACUGUUUGAGGAGAUGAAAUCCUCUGGUAUUAAACCUAAUGCUUUUACCUAUUCUUCUAUAUUGCCUGGCCUCUGUGAUUCAGAAAAGUUGCUUGAAGCUAAUAAUGUUAUGAAGGAGAUGAUUAACAAUUCUAUAGCUCCAAAGGACAAUUCAAUCUUCAUGAGAGUGAUUUCUGCUCAGUGCAAGGCUGGUGAUUUGGAUUCAGCUAUGGAUGUUCUUGAAUCCAUGAUUAGUUUGAGUGUUCCAACAGAAGCUGGUCAUUAUGGUAUCCUAAUUGAUAAUUUCUGCAAGACUGGUGCUUAUGAUCAGGCUGUUAAAUUAUUGGAUAAGGUUGUGGAGAAGGAAAUCGUUCAGUGUCCGCAGAGCAAAUUGGAGAUGGAGCCUAGUGCAUAUAAUCCAGUAAUCUGGUAUCUUUGCAACAAUGGUCAGACAUCAAAAGCUGAAGUAUUUUUCAGACAAUUGAUUAAGAAAGGCGUUAAGGAUCCAACUGCAUUCAAUAAUCUCAUCUGUGGGUAUUCAGCCGAAGGGGCUCCUGAUUCAGCUUUCGAUAUUCUGAAGAUCAUGAUCCAAAAAGAGGUUCCUUCGGAAGACAACGCAUACAAGUUGGUGAUUGAAAGCUACUUGAAGAAAGGAGAGCCUUCCGAUGCCAAAACCGUUUUGGAAAGCAUGAUUGAACAAGGGCAUCUCCCAGAUCCGUCUGUUUAUAGAUCGGUUAUGAGCAGUUUGUUUGAAGAUGGACGAGUGCAAACUGCAAGCAGGGUAAUGAAGAUUAUGCUAGAGAAAGGGGUGAAGGAGAAUAUGGAUAUGGUUGAAUCAAUCUUGGAAGCCCUUCUCAUGAGGGGUCAUGUUGAGGAAGCAAUUGGACAAGUUGACCUAGUUAUGCAAAAUGGAUACACGCCCAAUAUUGAUAGUCUUUUGUCUGUUCUUUGCGAGAAAGGGAAAGCGAUAACUGCCCUUAAACUAUUGGAUUUUGCUUUAGAGAAGGAAUGGAGUGUUGACUUCUCAAGUUACGAUAAAGUGCUGGAUGUGCUUUUAACUGCUGGGAAAACCCUUAAUGCAUUCUCGAUUUUAUGUAAAAUAAUGGAGAAAAGAGGAGGAGUUACUGAUCUGAGUAGCUGUGAAGGUCUUAUCAAAAUCCUCAAUGAGGAAGGGAAUAUAGAACAGGCAGAUGUACUCUCUAGAAUGCUCGUGGGAAAAGAUAAGGCUACUGGGAGCAGGAAAGGCCGAAAGAAAACGUCUGUGGCAUAGUAAAUCUUGUUAUUUUUCGUUAACUUUUUUCCUCUAAACAUGAAACACUACAUAGGAUGCCAGUUUUGAGGCUUCUAUUUUUCAGCAGAAUAAUAUAGAGGAAUUCAGUGUAAUGUUAUACUGAUAUGCAUGAAAUUACCUUUGGGCCCAGGUCCUUAAAGCGCUUGGGUUCAAAGGUCCAGAUCUAUGUAUUCAUUUCUUUGUUGGUAGACUGUUCUUUGACUUGUAAAACAGUUAUUUAACUGAUUCAAUUACUUACAAUUUGCUGUCUAAGUUCUCAUUGUGGAA